UCUCUUUCUCACAGGUGUGAUACCCUCGACAUCUUCUUCAGGAAGAAAGUGCCUGUCGUUCCUGCCUCUACAGGUUCAUGCCAGCCCAGCUCACAGAAUCAGUUGGAGCCCAGAUUUCAAGUCCCGAGUAAAGUGCCAGCCGUCGGGGAUGGGCCCCAUUGUGCUCACACCCUCAGAGCGAGCUGUCCAAGGAACGCCCUAAAGAAACAGAAGUGUGCUUCACCCACCAGCCAAGAUGAACAUGGUGAAGAGGAUCAUGGGGCGGCCUCGGCAGGAGGAGUGCAGUCCGCAGGACAACGCCUUGGGCCUGAUGCACCUCCGCCGCCUCUUCAGCGAGCUGUGCCAUCCUCCGAGGCACAUGACCCAGAAAGAACAGGAAGAAAAGCUGUACAUGAUGCUGCCCGUAUUCAAUAGGGUUUUUGGAAACGCUCCACCAAAUACUAUGACAGAAAAAUUUUCUGACCUUCUGCAGUUCACAACGCAAGUCUCGCGACUAAUGGUGACAGAGAUUCGGAGGAGAGCAUCAAACAAAUCCACAGAGGCUGCAAGUCGGGCCAUUGUCCAGUUCUUGGAGAUCAAUCAGAGUGAAGAAGCCAGUAGAGGCUGGAUGCUGCUGACAACCAUCAACCUGCUGGCAUCCUCUGGUCAGAAAACCGUGGACUGCAUGACAACGAUGUCAGUACCUUCCACCCUGGUUAAAUGUCUGUAUCUGUUCUUUGACCUUCCACAUGUGCCUGAGGCGGGUGGAGGUGCCCAGAAUGAGCUACCUCUAGCGGAGCGCCGUGGACUGCUCCAGAAAGUCUUUGUACAGAUCUUAGUAAAGCUGUGCAGUUUCGUUUCUCCGGCGGAGGAGCUAGCCCAGAAGGAUGACCUGCAGCUCUUGUUCAGUGCAAUAACCUCUUGGUGCCCCCCCUAUAACCUGCCCUGGAGGAAGAGCGCGGGGGAGGUCCUCACGACCAUCUCCCGCCACGGGCUGAGUGUCAACGUGGUGAAGUAUAUUCACGAAAAAGAAUGUUUGUCUACGUGUGUGCAGAACAUGCAGCAGUCCGACGACCUGUCUCCCCUGGAGAUUGUUGAAAUGUUCGCAGGGCUCUCGUGCUUCCUCAAAGACUCCAGCGGCGUCUCCCAAACUCUCCUGGAUGACUUCCGGAUAUGGCAAGGAUAUAACUUCCUCUGUGACCUCUUGCUCAGAUUGGAACAAGCGAAAGAGGCGGAAUGCAGAGACGCCUUGAAGGAUCUGGUGAAUCUGGUAACUUCCCUGACCACGUAUGGGGUCAGUGAGCUCAAGCCAGCUGGUGUCACCACAGGGGCCCCCUUCUUGUUGCCUGGAUUUACAGUACCUCAGCCUGCAGGCAAAGGUCACAGUGUGAGGAACGUCCAGGCCUUUGCAGUUCUUCAGAAUGCAUUUUUAAAAGCAAAAACCAACUUCCUUGCCCAGAUCAUCCUUGAUGCCAUCACAAACAUUUACAUGGCUGACAAUGCCAACUACUUCAUCCUAGAGUCCCAGCACACCCUGUCCCAGUUUGCGGAGAAGAUCGCCAAGCUCCCAGACGUGCAGAACAAAUACUUUGAAAUGCUGGAGUUUGUUGUUUUUAGCUUAAAUUAUAUUCCUUGUAAAGAACUCAUUAGCGUUAGUAUCCUGUUGAAAUCCAGCUCCUCUUACCACUGUAGCAUCAUUGCAAUGAAAACCCUCCUGAAGUUUACAAGACACGACUACAUCUUUAAAGACGUCUUCAGAGAGGUGGGCCUUCUGGAGGUCAUGGUCAACCUUUUGCAUAAGUAUGCUGCCCUCUUGAAGGAUCCAGCUCAGGCGCUCAGUGAGCAAGGGGACUCAAGAAAUAAUAGUUCAGUUGAAGACCAAGAACACUUGGCUCUGUUGGUGAUGGAGGCCUUGACCGUGCUCCUUCAAGGCUCGAACACAAAUGCAGGAAUCUUCCGAGAGUUUGGCGGUGCACGAUGUGCACACAAUAUAGUCAGGUACCCGCAGUGCCGGCAGCACGCCCUGAUGACCAUACAGCAGCUGGUGCUCUCUCCGAAUGGGGACGACGACAUGGGCACCCUCCUGGGGCUGAUGCACUCAGCCCCACCCACAGAACUGCAGUUGAAGACCGACAUCUUAAGGGCCCUCCUUUCAGUCCUUCGAGAAAGCCAUCGCUCAAGAACAGUUUUUAGGAAAGUUGGAGGCUUUGUGUACAUCACAUCCUUGCUCGUGGCUAUGGAGAGGUCCUUGAGCUGUCCUCCCAAGAACGGCUGGGAGAAGGUGAGCCAGAACCAAGUGUUUGAGCUCCUCCACACCGUGUUCUGCACGCUGACAGCAGCCCUGCGCUACGAGCCGGCCAACUCGCAUUUCUUCAAGACAGAGAUUCAGUAUGAGAAGCUGGCGGAUGCUGUGCGGUUUCUUGGCUGCUUCUCGGACCUUAGGAAAAUAAGUGCCAUGAAUGUCUUCCCCUCCAACACGCAACCUUUCCAAAGACUGCUCGAGGAAGAAGCCGCCUCAGCGGACUCCGUGGCGCCCACCCUGCGGCACUGCAGCAAGCUCUUCAUCUAUCUCUACAAAGUAGCCACCGAUUCUUUUGACAGUCGUGCAGAACAGAUCCCUCCCUGCCUGACAAGCGAGUCUUCUCUCCCCUCUCCUUGGGGAACACCAGCUUUGUCCAGGAAAAGGCAUGCCUUUCAUUGCGUCUCAACUCCUCCUGUGUAUCCUGCAAAAGGUGUCGCUGACCUGAAGCUCGACGUGACGAGUUCACCUCUCCCGAGUUCCGACGCUGUCAUCAUCCACCCUGGAGCCAUGCUGGCCAUGCUGGACCUCCUGGCCUCUGUGGGCUCAGUGACUCAGCCAGAGCAUGCUUUGGACCUUCAACUUGCUGUGGCCAAUAUUUUACAAUCGCUGGUGCACACGGAGAGGAACCAGCAGGUCAUGUGUGAAGCUGGUCUUCAUGCACGGCUACUGCAGAGGUGCAGUGCUGCGCUGGCUGACGAGGACCACUCGCUGCAUCCACCCCUCCAGCGCAUGUUCGAACGCUUAGCCUCCCAGGCCUUGGAGCCCAUGGUGCUGAGGGAGUUUUUGCGUUUGGCAAGCCCUUUGAAUUGUGGUGCCUGGGACAAAAAGCUGCUGAAGCAGUAUAGGGUCCACAAGCCAAGUUCGCUGAGCUACGAGCCCGAGAUGAGAAGCAGCAUGGUCACCUCUCUGGAAGGUCUGGGCUCUGACAACGUUUUCAGCCUACAUGAGGAUAAUCAUUACAGGAUAAGUAAAAGUCUGGUGAAGUCUGCAGAAGGAAGCACUGUUCCCUUGACCAGGGUGAAGUGUCUCGUCUCCAUGACAACCCCUCACGACAUCAGACUUCAUGGCUCCUCUGUUACUCCAGCAUUUGUUGAAUUUGACACAUCCCUUGAAGGCUUUGGCUGCCUGUUUCUGCCCAGCCUGGCUCCCCAUAACGCCCCUACCAAUAAUGCUGUCACAACUGGUCUUACUGAUGGGGCCGUGGUCAGUGGCAUUGGUUCAGGUGAGAGGUUCUUCCCUCCUCCUUCUGGCCUAAGCUAUUCCAGCUGGUUUUGCAUCGAGCACUUCAGUUCUCCCCCAAAUAACCACCCAGUCAGGCUCCUCACUGUUGUGCGGCGAGCGAACUCCUCCGAGCAGCAUUAUGUGUGCCUUGCCAUAGUUCUGUCUGCAAAAGACCGCUCCCUAAUUGUCUCCACGAAGGAGGAGCUACUCCAAAACUACGUUGAUGACUUCAGUGAAGAGUCCUCCUUCUAUGAGAUUCUCCCGUGCUGUGCCCGCUUUCGAUGUGGAGAACUGAUAGUGGAAGGACAGUGGCAUCAUCUGGUUCUGCUGAUGAGCAAAGGCAUGCUGAAGAACAGCACCGCGGCCCUCUAUAUCGACGGGCAGCUCGUCAGCACCGUGAAGUUGCAUUAUGUCCACAGCACUCCUGGAGGCUCCGGCUCAGCAAAUCCCCCAGUGCUGAGCACAGUCUACGCCUACAUCGGGACGCCGCCUGCACAGCGCCACACUGCGUCACUGGUUUGGCGCCUGGGGCCCACUCACUUCUUAGAGGAAGUUCUACCUCCUUCCAGUGUCACCACUAUCUAUGAACUCGGACCAAAUUACGUUGGAAGUUUCCAGGCUGUCUGCGUGCCAUGUAAAGAUGUAAAGUCUGAAGGUGUCAUUCCUUCGCCUGUGUCACUAGUUGCAGAGGAAAAGGUGUCAUUUGGCCUCUAUGUGCUCUCCGUGUCCUCCCUAACAGUGGCGAGAAUUCGGAAAGUCUAUAACAAGUUAGAUAGCAAAGCUAUCGCUAAACAGUUGGGCAUUUCCUCCCAUGAGAAUGCCACCCCAGUGAAGCUGGUUCACAAUGCCGCAGGCCAUCUCAAUGGGCCAGCACGCACAAUUGGGGCCGCUCUCAUUGGUUACUUGGGAGUAAGAACGUUUGUCCCUAAGCCUGUUGCCACUACACUGCAGUACAUUGGAGGAGCUGCUGCCAUCCUGGGCCUGGUGGCCAUGGCUUCUGAUGUGGAAGGGUUGUAUGCAGCAGUCAAGGCCCUGGUCUGUGUGGUCAAGAGUAACCCGCUAGCCAGUAAGGAGAUGGAGAGAAUCAAGGGCUAUCAGUUGUUGGCAAUGCUGCUAAAAAAGAAACGCUCCCUUCUCAACAGCCACAUCCUGCAUCUCACGUUUUCCCUGGUGGGGACCGUUGACAGUGGCCAUGAGACAUCCAUUAUUCCCAAUUCCACGGCUUUCCAGGACCUGCUUUGUGAUUUUGAAGUCUGGCUCCAUGCACCAUAUGAACUUCAUCUUUCUUUAUUUGAACACUUCAUUGAACUGCUGACCGAGUCCAGUGAGGCUUCCAAGAAUGCCAAGUUAAUGAGGGAAUUUCAGCUAAUCCCCAAGCUGCUCCUGACUCUUCGAGACAUGUCCUUGUCCCAGCCGACCAUUGCUGCUAUUAGUAAUGUCCUGAGCUUCCUGCUGCAGGGCUUCCCCAGCAGCAACGACCUGCUCAGGUUUGGCCAGUUCAUCUCCUCUACGUUGCCAACCUUUGCAGUUUGUGAGAAAUUCGUGGUUAUGGAAAUUAAUAAUGAAGAGAAACCUGAUGUGGGUUCAGAAGAGGAGUUCGGAGGUCUUGUAUCUGCUAAUCUUAUACUUCUGAGGAACAGACUUCUAGACAUCUUGCUAAAACUAGUUCAUACAUCGAAAGAAAAGACAAGCAUUAACUUGCAGGCUUGUGAAGAGCUGGUGAGGACCCUGGGUUUUGACUGGAUCCUGAUGUUCAUGGAAGAACACUUACAUCCCACCACAGUCACAGCUGCCAUGCGGAUUCUUGUGGCCCUGCUGAGUAACCAGUCGAUCCUCAUCAAGUUUAAGGAAGGACUCAGCGGUGGAGGAUGGCUGGAGCAGACGGAUUCUGUGCUGACAAAUAAGAUAGGGACUGUGCUAGGGUUCAAUGUGGGCAGGAGUGCCGGUGGGAGAUCCACAGUCAGGGAGAUUAACCGGGAGGCCUGCCAUUUUCCCGGCUUCCUGGUUCUGCAGUCUUUCCUGCCUAAGCACACGAAUGUCCCUGCCCUCUAUUUCCUCCUCAUGGCCUUGUUUCUGCAGCAGCCUGUGAGUGAGCUGCCUGAGAACCUGCAGGUCAGUGUGCCUGUCACCAGCAGCCGAUGUAAGCAGGGCUGCAAGUUUGACUUGGAUUCCAUCUGGACCUUUAUCUUUGGAGUCCCCGCCUCCAGCGGAACAGUGGUCUCUUCCAUCCACAACGUGUGCACAGAAUCUGCUUUCUUACUGCUGGGGAUGCUGCGCAGCAUGCUGAAUUCACCCUGGCAGUCAGAAGAAGAGGGGUCGUGGCUCCGCGAGUACCCAGUGACCCUGAUGCAGUUUUUCAGAUACUUGUACCACAACGUUCCAGACCUCGCCUCCAUGUGGAUGAGCCCCGAUUUCCUGUGUGCCUUAGCAGCCACCGUCUUCCCCUUCAACAUUCGCCCUUACUCAGAGAUGGUGACAGAUCUCGAUGACGAGGUUGGCUCUCCAGCAGAAGAAUUUAAAGCCUUCGCCGCAGACACAGGCAUGAACAGGAGCCAAUCAGAGUACUGCAAUGUGGGCACCAAGACAUAUUUAACCAAUCAUCCAGCUAAGAAGUUUGUUUUUGACUUCAUGAGAGUCUUAAUGGUCGACAACCUCUGCCUCACCCCUGCUAGCAAGCAAACACCUCUAAUUGAUCUUUUGUUGGAGGCCUCUCCUGAACGAUCUACAAGAACGCAGCAGAAAGAAUUCCAGACACACAUUUUGGAUAGCGUGAUGGACCACUUGCUUGCAGCUGAUGUGUUAUUGGGGGAAGAUGCAUCCCUGCCCAUUACCAGUGGAGGAAGCUACCAGGUGCUGGUGAACAACGUAUUUUAUUUCACACAGCGUGUGGUGGACAAGCUUUGGCAAGGCAUGUUCAACAAAGAAUCUAAACUUCUUAUAGAUUUUAUAAUUCAACUCAUUGCACAGUCAAAGAGAAGAUCACAGGGAUUGUCGCUUGAUUCGGUCUAUCACUGCCUCAAUAGGACCAUCUUGUACCAGUUCUCACGUGCACACAAAACUGUCCCUCAGCAAGUGGCUCUCCUUGAUUCACUCAGGGUCCUUACUGUAAACCGCAACUUGAUCCUGGGACCCGGCAACCACGAUCAAGAAUUCAUUAGCUGUCUUGCUCACUGCCUGAUUAAUCUGCAUGUUGGAAGCAACGUGGAAGGAUUUGGCCUGGAAGCAGAAGCACGCAUGACCACGUGGCACAUCAUGAUUCCCUCAGACAUUGAACCCGACGGGGGCUACAGCCAAGAUAUCAGUGAAGGGCGUCAGCUUCUCAUUAAAGCUGUCAACAGAGUCUGGACUGAGCUGAUCCACAGUAAGAAGCAAGUCCUGGAGGAGCUUUUCCGAGUCAGCCUGCCUGUGAACGACAGGGGCCACGUGGACAUAGCCACCGCACGGCCACUCAUCGAAGAGGCUGGUUUGAAAUGCUGGCAGAAUCAUUUGGCCCAUGAGAAGAAGUGCAUAAGUCGGGGAGAAGCCUUGGUGCCUACAACACAAUCCAAACUGUCCCGGGUCAGCAGCGGCUUCGGCCUUUCCAAACUGACAGGGUCAAGAAGGAAUCGAAAGGAAAGCGGCCUUCACAAACACAACCCUUCCACCCAGGAGAUCUCCCAAUGGAUGUUUACACAUAUCGCUGUUGUGCGUGACCUGGUGGACACACAGUACAAGGAGUAUCAGGAGCGCCAGCAGAACGCUCUGAAGUAUGUGACGGAGGAGUGGUGCCAGAUGGAGUGCGAGCUCCUGCGGGAACGCGGGCUGUGGGGCCCGCCCAUCGGCUCCCACCUGGACAAGUGGAUGUUAGAGAUGACGGAGGGGCCCUGCCGGAUGAGGAAGAAGAUGGUGCGCAAUGACAUGUUCUACAACCACUACCCUUACGUGCCGGAGACGGAACAGGAGACCAGCGUGGCGUCUGAGAUCCCAAGUAAACAAGCCGAGGCUCCCGAUGAUGUCAUUGCCCAGAAGAAACCGGCUCGGUACAGAAGAGCUAUAAGCUAUGACAGUAAAGAAUACUACUUACGCCUGGCCUCUGGGAACCCAGGCAUUGUUCAGGAUGCUAUCGUAGAGAGUUCAGAAGGGGAAGCCACCCAGCAAGAACCAGAGCCUGGAGAAGACACCAUUGCCAAGGUCAAAGGCCUGGUGAAGCCUCCCCUGAAGCGCUCUCGGUCCGCACCUGAUGGAGGCGAUGAGGAGACCCAGGAGCAGCUACAAGACCAGAUCGCUGAGAGCAGCUCCAUAGAAGAGGAGGAGAAGACAGACAAUGCCACCUUGCUGCGCCUGUUGGAGGAAGGAGAGAAGAUUCAACACAUGUACCGCUGUGCUCGCGUCCAGGGCCUGGACACCAGUGAGGGGCUACUGCUGUUUGGGAAAGAGCACUUUUAUGUGAUUGAUGGAUUUACCAUGACAGCAACCAGGGAAAUAAGAGACAUUGAAACUUUACCUCCAAAUAUGCAUGAGCCGAUUAUCCCUCGGGGAGCCAGACAAGGCCCCAGUCAACUCAAGAGAACAUGCAGCAUUUUUGCAUAUGAAGACAUCAAGGAGGUGCAUAAAAGGAGGUACCUCCUGCAGGUGAGUUGGUGGCCCACUAAAUGUUUUCCCCCAUUCCUCGUCCGAAAAUACUUCAUUUUCACUUUUAAAUUUUUUAGGUUCCUGGCAGUUGUGCCAUCUCUCACUGACAGCUCAGAGUCUGUCUCCGGUCAGAGACCAAACACCAGUGUGGAACAAGGGUCUGGAUUGCUCAGUACUUUGGUUGGCGAGAAGUCUGUGACCCAGAGGUGGGAGAGAGGCGAAAUCAGCAACUUCCAGUAUUUGAUGCACUUGAACACCCUGGCCGGCAGAUCCUACAAUGACCUCAUGCAGUACCCCGUCUUCCCCUGGAUUCUCGCAGACUACGACUCGGAGGAGGUUGAUCUUACUAAUCCCAAGACAUUCAGAAACCUGGCUAAGCCAAUGGGCGCACAGACGGACGAACGGCUGGCCCAGUAUAAGAAGCGGUAUAAGGACUGGGAGGACCCCAAUGGAGAAACUCCAGCAUACCACUAUGGCACCCACUAUUCGUCAGCAAUGAUUGUGGCCUCAUAUCUCGUCAGAAUGGAGCCUUUCACACAGAUAUUCUUGCGGCUUCAGGGCGGACACUUCGAUCUGGCAGACCGGAUGUUCCACAGCGUGCGUGAGGCCUGGUACUCCGCGUCAAAGCACAACAUGGCAGAUGUGAAAGAACUUAUCCCAGAAUUUUUUUAUUUGCCAGAAUUCCUGUUCAAUUCUAACAACUUUGACCUGGGCUGCAAACAAAAUGGCACCAAGCUUGGAGACGUCAUCCUACCACCCUGGGCAAAGGGAGACCCGAGAGAGUUCAUCAGAGUCCACCGCGAGGCUCUGGAGUGUGACUACGUGAGCGCCCACCUGCACGAGUGGAUCGACCUGAUCUUCGGCUAUAAGCAGCAGGGCCCUGCAGCAGUGGAAGCUGUCAACGUCUUCCAUCACCUCUUUUAUGAGGGUCAAGUGGAUAUCUACAACAUAAACGACCCUCUGAAGGAGACGGCCACCAUUGGCUUCAUUAACAACUUCGGUCAGAUCCCUAAGCAGCUGUUUAAGAAGCCUCACCCGCCAAAGCGAGUGAGGAGUCGGCUCAACGGAGACAACAUGGGCAUCUCCGUCCCCCCAGGAGUCACCAGUGACAAGCUCUUCUUCCACCACCUAGACAACCUGAGGCCUUCGCUGACCCCUGUGAAAGAACUCAAAGAGCCUGUGGGGCAGAUUGUCUGCACAGACAAAGGAAUUCUUGCAGUAGAGCAGAACAAGGUUCUUAUCCCACCAGCAUGGAACAAGACCUUCGCCUGGGGCUAUGCAGACCUCAGCUGCAGAUUGGGGACCUACGAGUCAGAUAAGGCAGUGACUGUCUAUGAAUGUCUGUCCGAGUGGGGCCAGAUUCUCUGCGCCAUCUGCCCCAACCCCAAGCUCGUGAUCACGGGCGGAACAAGCACGGUGGUGUGUGUGUGGGAGAUGGGCACCUCCAAAGAAAAGGCCAAGCCCCUCACGCUUAAGCAGGCUUUACUUGGCCACACGGACACUGUUACCUGCGCCACAGCAUCGCUAGCCUAUCACAUAAUUGUUAGCGGGUCCCGAGACCGAACCUGCAUCAUUUGGGAUUUGAACAGACUGUCGUUUCUAACCCAGCUCCGCGGCCACCGAGCUCCCGUUUCUGCUCUUUGUAUUAAUGAGUUAACAGGGGACAUUGUGUCCUGUGCCGGCACACACAUCCAUGUGUGGAGCAUCAACGGCAACCCGAUCGUGAGUGUGAACACGUUCACAGGCAGGAGCCAGCAGAUCGUCUGCUGCUGUGUGUCCGAGAUGAAUGAGUGGGACACGCAGAAUGUCAUUGUGACAGGACACUCAGAUGGCGUGGUCCGGUUCUGGAGGAUGGAAUUUCUACAAGUCCCCGAAACACCAGCUCCUGAGCCUGUGGAAGAACUGGAAACGCAGGAGGGCUCAGAUAGGUAUUUACCACCUGGUUUAGGUGAAGCUCAGAUAGGGCAGCAAGCCCAAGAUGAAGACAGCACCGAUUCGGAAACAGAGGAGCCGAGCAUCAGCCAGGAGCCCAAGGAAACGGCCAGCCAGCCCAGUAGCACCAGCCACAGGCCCAGGGCAGCCUCCUACAGAGCCACUGCCACGUGGUGUACGGACAGCAGCUCAGAUGACUCCAGGCGCUGGUCCGACCAGCUCAGUCUCGAUGAAAAAGAUGGCUUCAUAUUUGUGAACUACUCUGAGGGCCAGACCAGAGCCCAUCUGCAGGGCCCCCUCACUCAUGCCCACCCCAACCCCAUCGAAGCACGAAAUUACAGCAGAUUGAAACCAGGGUACCGGUGGGAGCGGCAGCUGGUGUUCAGAAGCAAACUGACAAUGCACACGGCCUUUGAUCGAAAGGACAAUGCACACCCAGCUGAGGUCACCGCUCUGGGUGUCUCCAAGGACCACAGCAGAAUCCUCGUUGGUGACAGUCGGGGCCGCGUGUUCAGCUGGUCUGUGAGUGACCAGCCCGGCCGCUCUGCAGCUGACCACUGGGUGAAGGAUGAAGGUGGCGACAGCUGCUCCGGCUGCUCCGUGCGCUUUUCCCUCACAGAAAGACGGCACCAUUGCAGGAACUGUGGGCAGCUCUUCUGUCAGAAGUGCAGUCGAUUUCAGUCAGAAAUCAAGCGCUUGAAAAUCUCAUCCCCGGUGCGAGUCUGCCAGAACUGUUACUAUAGCUUACAGCAGCACGAGAGAGGAGCGGAAGACACGCCUCGAAACUGCCGAGACUGAGGGAGCUCUCUGGGUCCCAUCUCAGCGCCGAGUGCACUGAAGCAGCCUCCACUUGCACAGCUCCUCACACUGAGGAUCUCUGGAUCACAGUUCCAAGGCCGGUGACUGGCAGGCACUAGCAGUGAGCAGCACAAGAUGAACGUGAGGUGGUUCCAGGCGUGUUUCCGAACCCAAGUCUCCCAUAGCGCGCGCCCCAACUGUCUUUCCUGCAUCUCAUUUUUAUAGAGCUCUUCAUCCUUAUUUGGAAAAAUCAACAAAAACUUUAAAAAAAGGCUUAUAGAAAACAGUAGUAAAUCUGCCUUCUUUGCAAGCAGCUGUGUAUACUGUAAAUAGGUAUAAAGGCCUUUUUUUUCUAAAUAAGGACCUAAUUGCCUGUAACAUGAGACUUCAAACUAAGCCACUAACUCAAUGAACUGUUUAAGGUUUGUCUAACAUCUCUCAAUUAUAAAUAAGGGUUUUUUUUAAUCCUCAAAGACAUUAUCUGUAAUAUUUUUUUUCCUGUUCAAACCAAGCCUGUGUGCCUGAUACCAUUUCUUUCAAGUUGCCCACAGUAUCUCCACUUAAAAUAGGCUAGUAACCAAAAUUGUGUAGCCCUGCUUUCGGAGCUGAUGUGGGAGAAGAGCGGUCUGGUCAUGCGGUGACCCGCAAGUACCUGAGCAUCGUGUUCUGGCUGCACACCACCACAGUGUUCUUACAUGACAGGGCCCCUCACCUGACCUGUGGGCUGUGUGGUCCCAGCGCACCUCGGCAUCGAUGGCCCAAAGAGGACCAGGUGACCAACGUCAGGCAGGACACAGCCCUGCCUCAAUUAAUGGAAAUAGAUUUGCAUGUCACCCCAAAUUAGCUUCUCUGCACAGAGCAUAACAAGUGUGUGUCUUUGGAGACACUGUGUUCUACUACAACUUAUUUUCAAAGAGGGUUUAAAAAAGUGUACAGAAUUAACAUUUAAACCUUGUAAAACUGGAUCAUGUCAGAACUGCUUAAGAUGAACCUUUCCCAUCUAAUGCCAUCUACCUGAGACAGUGAGAUUUAUACUGUAUCGAUGUCUAUUUUUUUGGUUUUGCUAUGAAUAUAAUUACAAUAUUUUAAUAUUUAGUUAUUUAAUUUCUUCUACUAGUUGGAUGCAGAACACACAAAUCCAAGAGAUUAAAGCUGGUGGGAGCUAAGAGAUAAGUUUAUAGAAAAAUGGCUUUGGUGGUGGGAUUUUUUUAAAAAUGUGUGUUAUGUACAUAAAUAUAAAUAUAUAUAUAUGAAAUCAAAUAAAACAAUUAAUCUAGAUUUUAACAUUUUCAGAUACUUAGUGCUAAUAAUAUGAACAAUUCUAAAAGCCCUGUGAUUUGAACAGUAGAGGAUCACUAAUGGCCCAAGAGAAAGGACAGGCCUUGACACCCUCACAGAGGGAGGUACCAUUCAAAGGACAGUGGCUUUGGCUUCCCGAACUCUCCAUCCUUAGCCCUGGUGACAGGCACACUCAUGCACUAAAAUGCACAUAUAUGCACAUGUGUCAGAAACAGGCAUUUGGUACAACAGUGAGCUUGUACCCGGUGGGCUGAAAGCAGCUUCAGAACAGAGUAGUUCUUCCUGACCGCAGGUCUCCAGGAGAAACCAUGAAGGCUGCUUUAGUGCCUUAUGCUUCCUAAAUUUAAACCUUCCUUUAUAGGUUUCAGCCUACAGUCUAUCUAUGAUACAUAUCAAAAUUGACUCAAAUACUUCCAUUUCUAAAUGCUCAAGUACACACGGGAAAAGGAUUGUUGGCAUUAACUCUUUUCACUGGAAGAAAAGUGGCUUUUGCUUUGCUCUCCUUCCUAUGUCUUAAGCAGCCCCGCUAUCUCCCCAUCACGUCUUCAGAAGGGGCUGGUGUUCCUCCUCAGCUGCAGAAACUGCUUCUGCGUGGUGGUGGGCUGGCCCUGUCUGCGCCUGGAUGCUUUAUAGCAGUGUUACUCACCUUUGCAGAGAAGCGCCCCUCUUUUGGCCCAUGACCUGUGUUUACCCGUAGCCGAUAGCAGAGGUGUUCUCGAGACUUGAAUAUAGGAAUGUGUGUGUAGCCGCUCGAAGCUUGUUCCUCUGUCUAACCCGAAGUUCUAUGGGAUGAACACUCUUAAAACUUUCAAACACAACUUCCAUAUCUAGUAGGUGGAAACCAAACCCCCUCACGAUAGCAUUUCCUCUGGCAGCUGGUGCUGUGGGCAACUGUUUUGUUCCAUCAGUUUUGGUUUUUGUUUUCUUUUCACUUCUGCAGAAAUCACAGAGUCGCUCACGCGGGCAGCGCACUCACUCGCGUCCCUCGGCUCCUAGCUUUUCACUUUUCCUUCUGUCGUCCGUGCCAAUAUGCUUAGCAACAUUGCGUGCAUCCACCUUCCUGUGGUCUGUAUUCCUUUUCUGAGUACCUCACAGGGCUCCAGCCUGAUGUUCAUUCAUGCCUCCGCCCACCCAUCCCUCCAUCCCUACUCAUCCAUGUACUCUGACACAUCUGUGUGCAGUGUGCAAGUGUAACGUCAUACUUUCAAAGACGAGAAGUAGCUGCCCGUAGCAGCCAGCCCUCUGGAGAAUAGCAACACACUCUAGAUAAGUUAUUUUGCACUUUCUUAUGUACAAAGGUGGUAGAAACUUAUUUUUGCUUUGUAUCAUUUAAAUACAUUUUGUUUUGGUAAACGAACUGUGUAUAAAAUAUUUAUGCUGUUAAAAACCUGUUUUUAGAGAGUAUUUUUAAUUUCAGCAAGUUUGGGUACUUGUUGCAUGACCAUUAACACAGCUGACUUUUUGUGUCAGUGCAAUGUAUAUUUUUGUCCUGUUAUUAACUUGUGAGCCCUAGUAACGGCCAACUGUUCGCACAGCGACGGAAGUAAACUGAAGAUGCUGGCUGAGACUGGAUUGAUUGUGGACUUUUGUACUAUAUCGCAGAACCCCAUAUCUGUUCCUCUGGUGGUGAUGUAAAAGGCCUGAAGAACUCUUAUCUAGUGUGCAAUCUGUGAUUCCGAGUGUUUAUUGUAUCUCUGUCUGAUGCAAAAAGGUAGACAAUUACAAUCCAUGAUUAAAUGCAAUAGUCCAGGUACUUAAGUAUUUUUUUCAUUUCAAAUAAAUACCUACUAUUUACCACAAAAAAA